UGCGCAGAAGACGUGCUUUUGUUAUUGCAUAUAAUUUGUAUAUUUUUUUAUAUCUAUUUGAUGUUUUUAUAGGCGUUGAUAAAAUAGUUCUGCUUAAUAAUAAUAUUUAUUUUUGAAAUAAUUUCGCCUCUAUACAUGUGUGUACAAAUUGGUUAAAAUGUCAAAACCUAUAGACGUAAAUUCAGAUGACGGUGUAGUUCUAUCUGGAUACCAAAAAAAAUUAAAUACGAUGAAAAAAAAGUUUUUUGUGUUAUAUAAGGACACAUCGCGAGGAUGUGCUCGUUUGGAAUACUUCGAUAGCAUGAAAAAGUUUAAAUCUGGCACAUCUCCAAAACGUGUUGUGAAAUUGGAAAAUUGCUUUAAUAUAAAUCGAAGAUUAGACACAAAGUAUGACUAUGUCAUAGCACUUGCAACAAAAGAUGGCGGUUUUGGAAUAGUACUAGAAACCGAAAAUGAGAUGCUAAAUUGGUUACAAACUUUACUUUCACUUCAACGUAGCAUUACUAAUAAAGAAGAUUCCUAUCCUCUUAAUUUUGAUCAUGUUUGGCAAGUGGUUGUGCAAAAGAAAAACUUAGCAGAGGAAAGAAGAAUUAUUGGAAACUAUCACGUGUGCUUAUCUCCGAAGUCCGUCACAUUUAUAAGGAUUGGUCCUGAAAGAGCAUCAUCAGGCUUUUUAAGAGCAACGGAUAUUCAAAUUCUCUUAAACUCUAUCAGAAGAUGCGGUGAUUCACAUUGCCUUUUCUACAUGGAAGUGGGUCGGAAGUGUACCAUUGGUCCUGGAGAACUGUGGAUGGAAACAGAAGACCCAUUAGUAGCUCAGAGUAUGCAUAAGAUGAUUUCAAGUGCUAUGUCAGUCAGAAGUACAGUUAAUGAGGGUAGCAUGAGAAAGAGAUCUUCUUCGGUAACAGAAACAUCUAAACCAAUUAGCUUCAUGGAUAUAGGAAGCAUGCGUCCGGAGAACAAAAAUUAUAACAUAAAUCAGUCAGCAAACAAUAAUCUUGGACGAGGCAGAUGUGACAGUUUCCCUACGAGAAGUCGAGAAUCAAGUGAUCGCUUGAAUCAGACUUUCAAAUCGUCACAUAUUCUAAAUAUUCCAAACUGUUCAAUGCCAAUGACACCCCGUCCUUUACCACUUCCGCAACACAGUACAAGUCCGCCAUUAGCUUCGCCAUACAUUUGUACUGAAAGAAAAGAGUCAAUCAAACUAGACGACCAAGAAGAUACCGGGAGCUACUUACCUUUUCGUUUCAAAUCUGCCGAAAGAGCAAUACCAGAGGAGAACUCAGAGGACUUGAUGAUUUCAGAUAGCAUCAGUUUUCAAAAAGAAGCGUAUAUUUCUAUGGCGCCAGUUGUUAAACUUUUGGAUUCAACUGAGAACAAUAAUGCGCAACAAGCUAAGCCAAUCACUUUGGAUGAUGCGGCUUUUUUGCCUUCCGUAAAUAUUAAAAAUUGCGUGGGGACAUCGGAUUUAGCUUCUCAGACGCAUUCUAUUAUUAUUUCAACAGCGCAGCCCUCUGAUUUGGAAAAGGAAGAACGCCCUAAACGGUCAUACUCAAUUGGAAGUAAAAUAGACAAGAACAAAGUUAAACGUUUAGGUAAUUCGAAUGAGAUUUUACAUGACACGAAUGCAGUCCGAGUCCGAGCAUUUUCUGUUGGAUCCCGAGCGAAAAUUCCAAAAUGUGACCUACAACGCGCUGUUUUAUUUCCCAGAUCGCGCUUCAAUCAAAGUUGUAUUAGCAAUAACAGUUUGAAUUUUGGUACUGACGAAGCUGGAUAUAAAUCGGACUUAAACACUAAUUGUGAUAAAAAGUCUACGAGUGCUCCUAUUUUGAUUCAAAAUGGUCAAGUUCCAAUGGAUUGUAUGAGCGAUUUAAUGGAGAUAGAUUUUUCAAAAAGUUCAAGCCAUAAAACACAUGGUAAAGCUGUACCUGAAAGAGAUACCAACAGCUGUUUAAAUGAUUCGGCUUCAAAAUCCGAAUUUGAUUAUACCCGGCCUUUUUCUUCUAAAAUAACAGACCAUGGGGAAAGUGGGUAUUUGGAAAUGAAGCCAGUGGAUUGUUUAAUCAAUAAACCAACGUCGCCUGUUUCUAACGAAUGCUUUGUAAAAAUACCAAAGACGAAUGAUAGUUUAACAGCGACAAAUGUAAAAAUAAAAGAAGUUAAAAAUGCAGCCCAAGGAAAAUACAUUCCUGUAGAAAAUGUCUUGAAAAAACAAAAAGAUCCUCUUUGUCUUCGCCCUAAAGAGCUGGAUCAUACAUUUAAUGAAGGAAAUUGUGCUAAUCAGAUAACAACACACUUGGAAGAGCCUGAUUACUUACAGUGUGAAAACAUUGCAUACCUUUCGUCCAUUUACUCCAACCUUUCAAUGCAAACAUCUUCAAAUAGUAGUGCCGAAGAGAAAUUGAGUUUUUCUAUUUUAGAUGCCGAAAAAAGUAUCAAACCCUCAAAGAAGUCUCAGAUCUGCAAUAAGGAAUAUAAUUUGAAAAACACAUUAUCAGAAAGCCUUCCGGUUAAAAGUGAAGAAUCUACGGAAGCAGUAUCUUCGUCAGAUAAAGAACAAAAGUUGCCAUCGCCUGGAAUUAGCGAAAAGUGUCCUGUGUUUUCAAAUGCGUCUUCGUUGUCAUCUGAUCCGGUACCAAGCCGAUGUAAAUCCUUGGCAAACACGCGAUUUAAUGAGCCACAAACAUUAACGAGUUUCGGUAACAGAGCAAACGAAAGUUUACUUGGGAACUGUAAGGCACAGCAAACUAACACACCUAUAGCUUCAUCAGUUUGUUCUAGUUAUGAAUUGUAUUACGCGAAGUUAGAUUUGCCUCAAAGCAGUACCAAAGAAAACAUAAACUUCCAUAAAACCGAAGCUGAUCUUUCAACAAUUAUAAAUACGGUAAAUAAUUCAUAUGCUAAAAUAGAUUUUGAGCAUUCUUCCGAUUCGUCGUCAUCUUCUAAAACCUUAAAUAAUUGAAGCAUCGAAGAAAAAUAUGUAAAUAAAUUAUUCACAAGUCUCA